AUGGAAAUGGCGUCCUCUGAGGUAGAAAUUUCCUCAUGCCAGAGUUUUAAUUGCGUAUUGAGCCCUCACGAGAGAUGCCUCCGAGGAGACAACAACAAAAAGAAGAACCAGAACAACAACAACAACAAUGUCCGAAACAUACACGUUGCCUUCGAGAAGAAUCUCAAUGUUUUUGUCAGAGAUCAUCUCGAAAACUGCAGCGUCUCUGGUGAGAAUGUUGAUGGUUCCACCAAAACGGUUCCGGAUUCUUCCUCUGUUUCAGACCAUCGGCUCUCGAAAACAGAGGAAUCUCGGCACGAAGAAGAAGUCCCAUCAUCGUCUUCUCUAGGAUCCGACCCGGAUCUGAAUUUACCUAUUUCGGGUCAACCCGGUAAGAAUUCGUCGAGAAACGAAACCAUGGCGGCUUCUUCUCUGGUUCAGAUAUGGGAGGCGAGGACAACGCAGCAACCACCGAGCUCGAACCAAAACCAAUCCCAAAUCGAUAGCAGAACGAGUUCUUCAGGAUCAAACGUUUUAGAGAAUUCGGAGUCUCUCAACGAGGAAUCCGAAUUGAUUCAAACCAUCGAGGAAGGUAACAAUGAAGAGGAAGAAGAAGAAGAAGAGAUGGAAUGUGAUUCACAAAUUGUUCCUCCACCUCCAGAUUCUGGAGAGAAAGAAAGAGAAGGGGUAAGAGUUAUGGAUAUUAUCCGGAAACUAAGCACCGACUCAGAAACAAUGGCGAAUAACGACAAUGGAAGCAGCAGCAACGACAAUGCUAAAGAAGCUCAGACAACAGAAGCGAGAUGUUUUCCUCAAGUUGCUUGUUCCCCAAGGAUUAGAGGGAGACAAGCAUUUGCAGAACUAUUGGUUCAGAUGACGCGCGAUCGAGAAAAGGAACUGGCUUGUUUAUCAGAACGACAUAGUGUUUCGAAGUUCACGCAUCGCGGGCGGAUUCAGUCGACGCUUAGGAUUCGAUGUUACGAAAGGUGCAUUGCGAUUCAAGAUAGAAAUCGGUCUAGACCAUCAUCAUCAGGAUCUGAUUUAAACCGGUCGCCAAGAGGGUCUGGUGUGAUGCAUCUUCUCAGGGAGAAAUAUAAGACAAACUCUGACAAUGCUGAGACUGGAGCUUCGUCUAGUUCUGUGUCUUCUCGGGGUCGGCUUUUGGAUAAAGAUCCUCGUAAGGCUACAGAGAAGAAGGAAGCUAUAGAGAAGAGCGAUUCUGUGGUUGAAAUCGCCAAGAAAGCUGUUUCGAGUGAAAAUGCAGAGAAUAAGAGCGGUUUAAGGAAAUCUGCAGGAGAAACUGUUCAGAAGGAAACUGCACAAGGUAGCUGCGAAAAGCGAGAAACGAAGGAGAAAGCUAUCGCGAAGGAAACUACAAGGAAAGCUAAAGAAACUACAAAAGGGAGAGGCGAGAAGCAAGAGAUGAAGGAGAAAGCUAUUCCUAAAGAAAGUAUAAAAGGGAAUGCUUUGGUUGGAAUAGCUGAGAAGGUGAAUCUAUGGAACUCAGAGGAGAAAAUGAAUAUGGGAAGAGGGAUGGAGAAAGGUAAAGCUGAAAGCAAAGCUAAUAUAGUGAGAGUUGAGAAGGAUAUUUUGGAAGAAGCUUCAAGAAGAAUCAGUGAUGUCGAAAGUGCGGAAAGAAGCAUUAUUACUUCAAAGGAAAUGAUGACGCCACGAUGUGAGUUUGGAGAGAAAGUAGUAAGAGGAAAGAACAAGGAAGAUUGUGUUUCUGUAGAAACAAAGUCCAAAGAGAUUGAGGUUAGAAACAGAAGUCCUCAAGAAGUUACUUCAAAAUCAGAUAAUUUUUUGCGUAAACCGGCUACAGAGGAAAAGGUUUUGCAGGAAACAACCGUGAAGAGUGACUUGAGUAAAACUUCAGACAGUAAGAAUGGUUUAAAGAAACCUGUUGAGAAGGAAAGUAGAGAAGGAAGAGGGGAGAAGCGAGAAGUUGAGGAAAGCGUAGAAGAAAACACUUUGAUGGGAAUAGCUGAGAAGGUGAAUCUGUGGAACUCCAAGGAGAAAAAGAAUAGGAGAAGAUUCAUGGAGAAAGGAAAAGGUAAAACCGAAGGCAAAGCUAAUACAGAGACAAAUCAAGUGUUGCAAGAAGCUUCAAGAAGAAUUACUAAUGUCGAAACAGCAGAGAGAAGCAUAACUACUUCAAAGGAAACAGUGGAGAAAGUAGUUGAAAACAAUGAAAUGAUGGAUACAAAACAGAGUAGUAGUAGAGAACUCUCUACGCAGUGUGAGACUGAAGAGAAAGAAAGAAGAAAGAAAGAGGAAGAUUUUGGUUCUGUAGAAGCUAAGUCCCAAAAAGAUAUUGUUGAGGUGAAAUGCGUGAAUCCUCAAGACGUUUUACCAGCAGAAGAAACUGUGAGUCACAUCUCCCGAGAGAGAGCUAAAGAGAUUGACUCUUCACAACACAGUGGAGAAAUGUCGAUUCUGCGAAAACCAGAAGCUAAGUCUACUAGAACAGAAGAAGAAUCUGCAAGUGACGCCUCUAGAGAGAGGACUACAGAUAAGAAUUCCUUACAGCAGGAUGAAGAAAUGUCGAUUCUGCCAAAUUCAAAUGACGGAAACGGCACUAAAGACUUAGAGGAUGAAGAAACCAAGAAGGAAGAACACAAAGUGGAAGAAACAGCAAUGGAGUUUGUAAAUGAUUGGGAUGAAGAUGAAAUGGAAGACCUAGAAGAAGAAGAAUAUGGAGAUUAUGAUCAUUACAAUGGAGAGAAUUCAUAUGACUGGAUUAACGAUAUAUCGCGGCCUAGAAGUUACUGGGAAGAAUUAAGGAAAGAAAGGUAUCUUGAGGUUCUCAACACUGAAUCAGAGAAGAAAGAUAUUUGCAAUCUCAUUGAGAGCCGAACAGUUUCCAACUUUUUGACGAGUGAUUUGCGACAAAAGAUCGACAAUUUGAUGAUUACUCGUGUGCAAAGCCAUUUAGGCGUACCAAUCAAUCAAAAACAGGAAUAUGAUGAUGAUGAUGACGAUGAAGAAGAAGAAGAAGAAGAGUGGGUUGAAGAGUGUUCAGCAAGGAACCAAGAAGAUAAGGAAACAGAGGAAGAACCAGAGAAGACAAAUCUUGAGGCUGCUAGUGACGGUUGCAGCCAAUCAUCAGCAAGAAGUAGUACGUUGUUGAUGUCGUGGAGUUUCAGGGACCAAGACAUCGACAAGGAUUACGAACCGACAACGUCUUUGUCUCUUCCUGAACCUUCAGUCCAGACAGAUCAAUCUACACAGGAAAUGCAGAUGAUCAGUGAUCUCAAGGUACAAAUGGAGAAGCUUCAACGAGAAAUGCUCGAGCUACGAAAUACGGUUAAAUCCUGCGUUGAUAUGCAACUUCAUUUCCAGAAAUCUGUAACGCAAGAUCUUUCUCGUUCUGGGUCAUCCGGAGAACAACGAGUAGAUACAAAGAAAGAUCCACUGAAACGAAAGUGUUGCGUUUGCUUAGAGAUGCCUGUUGACUCGCUCCUUUAUAGGUGCGGACAUAUGUGCACGUGUCUGAAAUGUGCUCAUGAAUUGCAAUGGAGCAGUAAGAAAUGUCCGAUUUGUAUGGCUCCAAUCGUCGACGUUGUGAGAGCUUUUCUUGAUUCUUAG